AUGGAGCAGGAUCGGCUCCUGGAUAAAAGGGGGACAGGUCUGGAUCUUGCAGGGCUGGUGGAGGAGAGGAUUUGGAUUUUUGCAGCGGAGGGUUUUGAGGUGGAUGGGUGGGAUGAAUCUAAGCAGGUUCUACAUGCGAGGUUUGAGACACCCCUGUUGCUGGUACCCUUCUUUGUUUCUGUGGUGUAUGGUAAAUGCUUUAGGGAAGGCAGAUUAGAGAUGUGGGAUAAACUUUGGGAAAUUGCAGCUAGUUUGGAUGGGUUGCCUUGGCUAGUUGGAGGUGAUUUUAACACUUUUGUAUCUGAAGAGGAGAGACAAGGGGGUGUGAGGAAGAGAACGAGAGAAAUGUUGGACUUUGCCGAGGCCAUCAGCGACUGCCAACUCCUAGAUGUGGGAGCUGAUGGACCCAAGUUCACAUGGGCACGAGGGAACGUUUUUGAGAGGCUAGAUAGAGUUCUUCUGGGUGAGGGAUGGGCGAACAUGUUUGAGUCUACCCGUGUUUCAAACCUUCCCAGGAUCUUAUCUGAUCAUUGCCCUCUGUUGGUGGAGGCCCGACUUCCGGAGCCACGUGCUAAACCUUCCUUUCGAUUUCAGAACAUGUGGGUAAGACACCACUUGUUCCUUAAUGAGGUUGAUAGAUGCUGGAGGGAGGGAACAGGUACAAGAGGAAUGAUCAAUAUGCAGAUUAAACUGAGCCGGCUGAAAAGUAGUUUGAAAAUCUGGAAUCGAGUAAUUUUUGGUAAUGUCUUUGAAGGGCUGAAAAAGGCGGAAGUAGAGGCUAAAGAAGCCAUGGAAAGGUAUGAGCAUGACUCUUCUCUAGAUUUGCGCUCUGAAAUGAAUAGGUCGACGGCUAAUUUUAUCUUGAAGCUUAAAAUGGAGGAGGAUUAUUGGCGGCAGAAGGCAGCACUUAAAUGGGUGGCGGAGGGAGAGAGGAACACAAAAUUUUUCCAUGGAUGGGUAAAGCAAAGAGAAUUAAAUCUAGAAUCCAUAUGA